AUGUUUUCAGCAGCCUCGAGGGGCCCUCUGGGGGCUUCCUCGCGGGCGCGAGCAGCAGCCUGCAGCGCAGCAGCAGCAGCACCAGGAGCGCCCCCUGCAGCAGCAGCAGCAGCAGCAGCAGCACGUCCUGCAGCAGCAGCAACAGCAGCAGCCACGCAGGUUGCAGCGCUCCCCGUGGGGCCCCGCUUCCCCUUCUUUGCUGCAGAGGGGCCUUGGAGGGGGCCCCCAAGAGGGGGGCCCCCCGGGAAGGGGGGCCCCCCUGUGGCUUGGGAAGUCUACAAACAAAAGCAGCACAGGGGCCCCCCUCGCUCUCCAGGGGGCCCCCUUGGGGCCCCCCUGGAGCCUCUCCAUGAUGCCCUUGAUGCCCCUGGGGGCCCCCCUGGGGGCCCCCCUGGGGGCCCCCCUGGGGGCCCCCCUGGGGGCCCCCCUGGGGCCCCUUCUAGGGCCCUCCUUGGGGGCCCCCCUGGGAACUCCCGGGGGGGCCCCCUGGGGGCCCCCGCUGGGGGCCCCCCUGGGGGCCCCCAGGGGGCCCCCGAUGGGGGCCCCCCUGGGGGCCCCCGUGGGCCCCGGAAGAAGGAAAAGGGACGUUUGGGGGGUUUGCUGCUGCUGCGUCGGGUGCUGCUGCGGGUGUUCCAGCUGGCCCCCGGAGUGGCCGAGCGGGAGCUGCUGCUGCCCUUUUGCACUUUGCUGCAGCAGCAGCUGCAUUUAUUUUCUUUUGCGGAUUUGCAGCUGCUGCUGUCGGACUUCGCAGCUGUAUAUACACCUCAGUUCCUGCCCCUCUUCAACGCCGCCGCCAGAGUCCUCACGCGCCCCCCCACCAGCAGCAGCAGCAGCAGCAGCAGCAGCAGCAGCAGCAGCAGCAGCAGCAGCAAUGAUAGGCGAGACAGGCUCACUCCGCUUCAGGCGUGCUUCCUUUUGCAUGCGCUAGGUAGGCCAAAACGCCUCUUUGGCUGUCUUGGUAGCUCAGCAGCAGCAGCAGCAGCAGCAGCAGCAGCAGCAGCAGCAGAAGCAGCAGCAGCAGCAGCAGCAGCAGCAGCAGCAGCAGCAACAGGAGGCCAUGGCAAAACAGACUGCAGGGAUCCCAGCCUCUUGGCUUUCUUAAUAGAGAUCGUUGAAGCUGGGGUGCAGCAGCUGCAGCAGCAGCAGCUGCUGCUGCAGCAGCAGCAGCAGCACGAACAGCAGCAGCAGCAGCAGCUGCAGCAGCAGCAGCAAGAAGAAAGAAGCGCGAGAGCAACUGCGGCUGAUGUGCACAAGAAUCCGUCAGCAGCAAAAGGAGAGCAAAGAGAGUAUGAAAAAAAUGAAAAAAGAGACAAGAUGCAGCAGCAGCAGCAGCAGCAGCAGCAGCAGCAGCAGCAGCAGGACAUAACGGGAGAAGGGCUUGUUAUGUGUCUUAAUGGAUUGGCCAACAUGAACUGCAAAGUCAAAGAAGACACUUUAAAUCAUUUGCUGCUGCUGCUGCGGCCUUUUCUGCUGCGCGAGGAGCCUUCUGUUUUGGGCCACGCGAGCCCCGAGCGGCGGCUGCUGCUGCUGUUUAAUUCUGUCUCCAGUUUGGCCCGGCUGGGGCUGUGGGGUUUGGGGCUGCAUGCGCUGCUGGCGGAAGCUUGCUGCUGCUGCUGCUGGAGUGAGUUGGGGCCUUACGAGCCUCUGGACCUAUUUGCUGCUGCUCUCGCGCUGCAGCAGCAGGGCAGAGUCAGCCCUGCUGCUGCUGCUGCUGCUGCUGCUGCAGUCAAAGCCCUCGAAAACAAGCUGCUGCAGCAGCAGCACAAGAAACUCGACCCCGAGGACCUUGCAGCAGCAGCAGCAGCAGCAGGCCUCACAACCGCAGAGGCAGCGCCCGCACCAGCAGCAGCAGCAGCAGCAGCAGCAGCAGCAGCAGCAACUCCCGCUGCUCCAAAUGGCGCUGCUGCGCUGCCGCAUCCUGCGUUUGCUGCAGCAGCAAACUGCUACGUUGCUGCUGCUGCAGUUGGCCUCGUGGCCCUCCGGCCUCUUAUCUUUUCGCUGCACCCCUCUUUUAGGGUUUCUUGUCUCCUAACCCUCAGCAAACUCGAAGCCCUAAAACCCCACUGCCUCCAGCAGCAGCAGCAGCAGCAGCAGCAGCAGCAGCAGCAGCAGCAGCAGCAGCAGCAGCAGCAGCAGC